AUGGAGGUAGCCGCUCCUUCGUUCUCAUCUCUGGGGUUCGAGACCCUAACCCCUCUCCUCUACUAUUCUUCCGGAGAGUCGAAGAAUUCGGCUGGGUCAUCAGCAGCUGCGGGGGUAAAUACUCCUCAGAUCCCACCAGAUAGCGCACGAUAUGAUCUCGUGAUGAUCUGGGGGUGGAUGAACGCGGCACCCCGCCAUCUGGUCAAAUUUGUUCAGUUACACCGAUCCCUGCAACCAGGUGUCCCUAUCGUCUUCGUAGGAUCCACAACGGCCUCCUGGUUCGGUUACACAAACGCUCUUCGAAUCUCACACCCCCUUGUCUUUGAUCUCGUGAAGGCGCUUCCAGAAAGCCCGAAGAUCUUUGCCCAUACUUUUUCCAACGGCGGGACCAGUGGGUUUUCGGAAUUUUUGGCACAUUACCGGUACGAGGUUGGAAGUGCGAUGCCUCUUUCCGCCAUGAUUAUCGACUCUGCGCCCGGUGGGAUAAAGUUCCCUUCGGCUUUGACAAGGGGAGUGAAUGCGUUCCUGGAGAUCAUUGGAAACCGGGUUGUUAAAACGAUACUAUACCCGAUAGUUUACCUGCUAGUGACUAUCGUUUACGUUCCUCCGAAGAUCAUUGGCAUGGAAGAUCCAAUCUCAAGAAUGCGACGGACGCUGAAUGACGAGACUUUGGUGUCAGAGGGUGGGAUACGAGGUUACACAUACUGCAAGGGUGAUGUUAUGGUAGGAUGGGAGGACAUUCUCGAACAUGCUAACGAAGCUGAGGAAAGGGGGUGGAAAGUUUCGAGGCUAGGCUUCGAAGGUGGUACCCAUGUGGGUUGUUACCGUCACCAUCCUCGUGAGUAUGAGGAAUUUGUCCGACAAAUCAGGACUUCUUCUGCCGACUGA